GGCAGGAGAGGCUGUCAGUCUGCAGUAGAUUGUGCAAGAGUACAGGAUUUAGUAUGGCUACAGGAGGAGAGAUGAAUGGCUCAGGGAAUUUAAUGGACUUCCUGGAUGAAUCAAUCCCAGAGGUUGGAAUGUACGAAGACUUCCAUACGAUAGAUUGGUUGAGAGAAAAGUCCCGUGACACGGACAGACACAGAAAGAUCACAAGCAGAAGUAAAGAAUCGAUCUGGGAAUGUAUCAAAGGCUUGUUGGACGCGUGGUCAGGAUGGGUGGUGAUGUUACUUAUUGGACUUCUGGCAGGAACACUAGCUGGAGUGAUUGACCUAGCUGUCGACUGGAUGACAGACCUGAAGGAGGGAGUGUGCCUAGCUGGAUUUUGGUUCAGUCAUGAGCAGUGCUGUUGGACUUCCAACGAGACCACCUUUGAGGACAGAGACAAGUGCCCUCAGUGGAGGUCAUGGUCAGAGCUUUUGGCCAACCGAUCAGAAGGUGCCAGUGCGUACAUUCUGAACUACCUCUUAUACAUAUCGUGGGCUUUGACUUUCGCUUUCCUGGGAGUCUCACUGGUCAAGGUGUUUGCUCCCUAUGCUUGUGGCUCUGGAAUUCCUGAGAUUAAAACCAUCCUCAGUGGCUUCAUUAUCAGGGGUUAUCUGGGCAAGUGGACUCUCCUGAUUAAAACGGUGACCCUGGUGUUGGCCGUAUCCUCUGGCCUCAGCCUAGGAAAGGAAGGACCUCUGGUGCAUGUGGCCUGUUGUUGUGGCAAUCUCUUCUGCUGCUUGUUUUCUAAAUACAGUAAGAAUGAAGGGAAGAGGAGAGAGGUGCUGUCAGCUGCUGCUGCUGCGGGAGUCUCUGUUGCCUUCGGUGCUCCCAUCGGAGGUGUGCUUUUCAGUCUGGAAGAGGUCAGUUACUACUUUCCACUGAAGACACUCUGGAGAUCAUUCUUCGCUGCGCUGGUGGCCGCGUUCACUCUUCGUUCAAUCAACCCGUUCGGGAACAGCAGGCUUGUGCUGUUCUAUGUGGAGUAUCACACGCCCUGGUACAUGGCCGAGCUGGUGCCCUUCAUCCUGCUGGGAGUGUUCGGGGGCCUGUGGGGGACCCUGUUCAUACGAGGAAAUAUCGCCUGGUGCAGGAAGCGCAAGAACACAAACCUGGGCAGAUACCCAGUGCUCGAGGUGAUAACUGUCACUGCCAUCACCGCCAUCUUUGCCUUUCCCAACCCGUACACGCGACGAAGCACAAGUGAGCUCAUCUCUGAACUUUUCAACGACUGCGGGGCACUUGAAUCUUCGCAGCUCUGCGACUACAUCAAUGACCCGAACAUGACCCGGCCCGUGGACGAUAUCCCUGACCGCCCUGCGGGUCCUGGUGUCUACGCGGCUCUAUGGCAGCUGGCUCUUGCUCUUGUUUUCAAAAUCAUCAUCACCAUAUUUACAUUUGGGAUGAAGAUGCCAUCAGGACUGUUUAUACCAAGCAUGGCUGUUGGAGCAAUAGCUGGUCGAAUGGUUGGUAUUGGUGUGGAGCAGAUGGCCUAUCACCACCACGACUGGUUCAUCUUCAGGAGCUGGUGCAGGCCAGGAGCUGACUGCGUCACACCUGGGCUGUACGCCAUGGUUGGGGCCGCUGCCUGUCUGGGUGGAGUGACUCGGAUGACGGUAUCUCUGGUCGUGAUCAUGUUCGAGCUCACCGGAGGCUUGGAGUACAUUGUACCAUUGAUGGCUGCGGCAGUGACCAGCAAGUGGGUCGCAGAUGCCUUUGGGAAAGUGGGAAUCUAUGAGGCACACAUACACCUGAAUGGCUACCCCUUCCUGGAUUCUAAGGACGAGUUCAGGCACAGGACGCUGGCAACUGACGUCAUGAGGCCAAGACGCACUGAGCCUCCGCUGUCGGUCCUGACACAAGGCAGCAUGACCGUGGAGGAUGUGGAGACCCUCAUCAAGGACACGGACUACAAUGGGUUCCCAGUUGUCGUCAGUAAGGAAUCGGAGCGGCUCAUUGGCUUUGUCCAGCGGAGAGAUCUCAUUCUCGCAAUAAAAAAUGCAAGAAAAAUUCAAGACGGUGUAGUCAGCAACUCCAUUGUAUACUUUAUGGAAGAGCCUCCUUCGCUGCCAGGCAAUAGCCCCUGCCCUCUCAAACUGCGGAGGAUCCUCAACCUCAGCCCAUUCACAGUAACCGACCACACGCCCAUGGAGACAGUGGUGGAUAUCUUCCGUAAACUUGGUCUGCGACAGUGUCUGGUCACUCGUAGUGGACGUCUCCUGGGCAUCUUAACAAAAAAGGAUGUGCUAAGGCACAUGGCCCAAAUGGCAAAUCAGGACCCUGAGUCAAUCAUGUUCAACUGACCUACCCCAUCCUCCCCCUUAUUGUCCAGCCUUGCCGAGUUCUGGUUUAAGAAGGGAAUAAACAAUGGGUGUGGCUGAAGUCUCAGGGCACGGUGACCUUUAAGUGAAUUGAAUACUGAUCUUUGGGUAAACAACAGCAGCUUGCUCAUGAGAUGGACAACUGGCCCUGCACUGGGUCAGAGAAGAGGACCGGCCUAGGGUGGGCAUCAGCCCAGUAUCACUUUCAGAAGAAGAGGAGAAGCUGAAAUCCCAGGUGUAUGGAAAGCCUGGCAAUGUGUUCAAAGAUGCAUCUUAUAUUAACCUCUGAACUCACUAACUUUGUCUAAGAGGUUUGUUCAACUGGAGUAACAUGAUAGAGAUUUAUAAAUACGUUGCAUUUGAAUAUUGGUCACUGAUGUACCUCAGUACAAGAUCUCGGCUUCCCUUGUUUGAAUUCAUGGCAAAUAGCAAGAAAUCAGUGCCGAAGACUUCACAUUUGUUUCCCAAAUCACCCAUUUAACUCUGAUGGAGUUUACUGCAACAUAAAGCUGUUUUGACUCCAAUAGAAUUUACAGCAAGCCUCCACUGGCCUUGUUUAAUCCUGCAUUGCCAAUAUAUCCUCAUGUCCAUACCUAGCUUCCUCUUAAUUGAAUCAAUACAAUUCAUUUUCAACAAGGUUGUGUUAACUAUUACAUGUUCAGUCUAUGCAAUUACUGUUUUAAAAUUUUAUCCCUGAUAUCAUCUCGGUGAAUCUCUACUGCAAUCACUCCCAGGUUACUAUCUCCUUCUUGAGGUGUUGUGCCUGAACUGAGGCAUCGACCCAAGUGGGCUCUAACCAGAAUCUAUAUGACAGUAUGAAUCAUCAUUCCCAUCCUUUAGUAUCCCAGCUCCCUGUAACAUACUAACUUCACCUAGAAGUUGUAUAAAUCAAGGAAAUUGCACACUCUUCACAAUUCCAAAUGGUGGCUUGCUGCUUCCCUGCUAUUUUAUCCAGGUAGACUUAUCUCUCCCAUCAGAUGAGCAGUAUUUGUUUGAGUGGGUCAACAGAUUUCUUAGUACUGUCACCCUGCAGCCCUGUAACUCUUUGAGGUAUUAAUAGAUAUCCGUUCCUCCAGUACUAGCCUCUUCCACACCUGAUUUUACCCCCCUCCAUCUUCCCUUUCCCCUCCGCCCUCCUCCACUCAUAUACACUGGUAAAAAAAUGCUUUUAGUUUUUGGACAGUUGUCCUCAUGUGGUUUUGUGCCCAAUGAUACUACAGCUGACUCUGUUAAUGGGAUGACAUGAAUGUGUUAUCGUUUUGGUUGUUGGGAUAGGUAAAUACCAAUGAAACUGAGAACAUCAAUAUCAAAUAUUCAUUUACCCAGCCAAUUGUCAAAAGUUGAUCUUCUGUUUUACUUGACCAAUUCAGAAAUUGUUCCUUGUAAGUAACUAGGGGCACUAGAUUGCAGAGGUUUAUAUUGUGAUGUUGCAUGUUUUGCCAUUAACCAGAAAAGUCUCUUCAUUUAUUGAAUUGAUAAAUUGGUUUAUUGUUCUUACAUGUACCAAGGUAGAGUGAAAACAUUAUCUUACAUCCCACCCAUACAGAUCAAUUGAUAACAAUGUUGCAUUGAGAUGGUCCCAGGUAAAACAAUAGCAGAAUGCAGAAAACGUGCAGUAUAGGUAGACAGAGAGAUGCAGGUUCACAACAAGGUAGAUUGUGAGGUCAAGAGUCCAUUUUAUCUCAUUGUAAGGACCUUAUACCCUAUUCAGUGGUGAGUAGUUUUCCAGAACACAGUGCUUAAGGGUUCAUUCAUUUAUUAUGUGCUGAGUUGUAUGAGGUAGGCAAUCAUGGUCUUUCCAUGACUAUGAUUGUUCUUGGCAAAUUUUUCUACAAAAGUGAUUUGACAUUACCUUCUCUGAGCAAUGUCUUUACAAGAUGGGUGACCCCAGCCAUUAUCAGUAAUCUUUAGAGAUUGUCUGCCUGGCUUCAGUGGUUGUAUAACCAGCACUUGUGAUAUGAAUUAGCUGCUCAUACAGCCACCCACCACCUGGUCUCUUGGCUUCACCUGACCCUCACCAGGGGGCUAAGCAGGUGCUACACCUUGACCGAGGGUGACCAGCAGGCUCUCAGAGGGAAAGAGCGCCUUACGCCUCCUUUGGUAGAGACGUUUCUCCACUCCACCACCCAAGUCUAGAGAGUAACAACUAAUAUUUAUACUUCCAAAUACAUUACUGAGAAAAUGUGUGAAAUUGCACAAGAAUGUGGUCUAUAUGCUUGCCUUGAGAAAUUUCUUCCAUUAUUAAUUUUACCAGAAAUGCUAUUACUGUGAAGAUCAAUGAUCAUGAAUUAGCAUGUUUAAAUUAUGAACAACAUUGUGCUAAGUUAUAGAGUUUGCAAAUUAGACAUUUACUUUCUCUUGUUUUUGAAAAAUUUACUUUAACCGCUUAAAGUAGAGGGGUGGCAUGGUAGCGUGGUGGUUAGCACAACACUUUACAGUACGAGCAACGCAGGUUCAGUUCCACCGCUGCCUCUAAGGAGCUUGUACGUUC